UUCUGUCUUCCAAACAAUGAUGGUAUAAGUGGAUAACAUGGACUCUAUCGACGACAGCAAUCCUUUCACCAAGGCCCAGACCGUUCAUCCUGAAGUUCGAGCCUAUGUGUACAGUCUGGUUAACGCACUUGGCGGGAGUAGUACAGACGACGAUGGCCACUACGUCCUCGGUGACGAUGCGCUCGCCUGUCUUCGAGAUCUCAAGCGGUGGUUGAAGCUGUAUGAUGAGAAGAACAACCGACUCGAUGUGGCGAGAUGUCUCGCAGAAGCCAAGCUCGUCGGAGGAGACCUGGUCCCUAUUCUCGCCUCAUGGCCCGAAGACGGCAAGGAGAACAAACUGAAAGCUCGAGUUGCAUUGGCAUGCUUGGAAGUAUUAGUCCCCCUGACAUGGCCACUUGAGACUACAGGAGAAAUGACCGUCAACCAUCACCGACACACGCCAUACAUUCAGCAAGCCCAAGUCAUCUACAAGGCCGCCAUCCUGGGCUGCGAUACUAGCAAUAUCCUGCGUCAGGUAGUGCGAAUUGGCCUGCCCUCGGUAGCCGCGGCGAGAGACGAGAGAACGAGCCGAGACGAAGGCAUCCUCAAGCUUAUGCUCUACUUUUUCCGAAAUAUCGCUGUUAUACAGCAGGUUCCCAACUUGCCCAGCCAAGGUUUAGAUUCAGAAGUCUCCCGAUCAGCGACCAUAGAGGCAUUCAGAGACCAAGAUAUUUUCGCCUUACUUCUGACCAUCUGCUCAAAUAUGGGAGAAGAUUUCAACUUGCAGGACGUUAUUGUGUUGGAUAUAAUCUUCAAUCUGAUUAAAGGUGUCGACCCAAGAAGGUUGUGGAUGACCCAGCAAGAGAGAAAAAGUCAGGGUAUCACUGAUCUAGGAGCUGCUCUGGCCGUGGAAGAAAGCAAGAACCGAGACACGAAGAAGCAUCAAUGGAGCAGACAUGGGCGCUUCGGAACCAUGCUUUGGGUGAAGCGGGAUGGGGAAAAGAUGUCUGCUGUUUCGGGUCAAGACAACCUCCGGAACGAUCAGCAAGCGUUGUUGAACAUGGACAAGUCAAAAAAAUGGAAUAAGCCCCAGCAGAAACGGAGAGACAUCGACCACACAAUCCACGAUUUCGACCGCACUACGCAUCUGACAGAUUCUGCAGCCGAGAAACUCCGGAACUUCGUCGAGGAGUUCCUCGAUUCUGGCUUCAAUCCAUUCUUCACACAUCUCCGCAAAGCCAUUGAGCGAGAAGCAGAACGGUUGCUCGACGUCAACUAUCGCCAGUUCUUCUACGCGGUUGCAUGGUUUCUCGAAGCCGAACGUAUCCGACGUGAGACGCAAAAGAAGGAGGUUAAGCCGGACAAAGUCCGAGAUGAUUUCACUGAUGAGAGCUAUUCAAUUGUUGCGGCCGUGCUCAAUCAAGAAACGUUCAUCAUGCUAAAUCGAUUUAUGCAAGUGUCGUUGGAUAACAAAGAGUGGCAAGACUUGAAUGCUUGCAUGCGUUGCUUCACGCAGGUUUUGCUUACAGUCCAGGAGAUGGCACAGAGUCCCCUGGAAGAGGAUCAAGAAAUCGCAGACAAUAUCCAGAACCGAAUAUUCUACGAGGAAACGACGCAUGAUCGAGUUGUAGAGAUCCUGAAAGGAUACAAGGAUCAAGGUUUUGGCUAUCUCGAUGCCUGCACCGAGCUAGCACACGUCUUUUUACGCAUGCUGGAGAGAUAUUCGAAGGAGAAUGUCGACCUGCAGAUACGCUCUCGACGCCGGGUGAAGAAGAAGCGAAAGGAGGAGAUGAGAAAGACUGCUGAAGGUGGUGACGAUCCUGCUGCAGAUGACGAGGUCUCUGAAAUGGAAGACAUUGCCGAUGUGAUUCAAGUCUCCAAGGAACGAAAGUUCGAUUUCAACCGCUUCGCAGCAAAGUUCUCUACCCAGAACUCAGUCAAUACCUUUGUCUCUCUUACCGCACUGUACCGAGAUCUCAGCCUUGAACAGCUCAAACGUGCCCAUCGAUUCUUCUAUCGAGUGGCGUUCAAGCAGGACCUGGCUGUCCUACUCUACCGCAUCGACAUUAUCGCUCUUUUCAAUAAGAUGAUCACUGGCCCGGAGGCGCUUGAUCGGAAACAUGCGAUGUACAAGGAAUGGUCGGAAUUUGCUCGUCAAGUGUUUAAGAAAAUGUUCAAGAAGAUCGACCAAAGACCGGAGCUGAUAGUGGAAAUGCUAUUCAGCAAAAUCAACUCGACUUUGUACUAUCUUGAAUAUGGCCAAGAGAAACAGACGAUUGCAGCAAGUCGUGCUCCUGCAGAGUUAGAAGUCAGGCCAGCACCCGGAAGAGAUGUGAAAGAGCAGAUCGGUAUUGUUAUUACAGCUCUGUUGAAAGACGGCAAGACAGACCUUGUCCGAUGGGUGAAGACCAUAUUGGGGAACGCCUUCGACGAAAGACAUGGCUGGGAAGCAGAAGCCGAGACACGGAAAGUGGCAAUAAUUGAGGCAGCGCAAAAGGAUGGCGAGGACACCCCUGAAAAUGUGGAUGUUGGUGAACCAUCAUACAUCACAGUACAUCCUUCCUCGGAUGACAUCAAAAUGGCAAUGUUCAAGAACGGAAGAUUGAAAUUGCUAAUGCGCCUUGUUGGCUUUGAAAUGCUCGGAGAUGAAGACGUGCCUGGAGCGAGCUGGAUCAUCCCUGGACAUGUAUCCGCUGGACAGCUUUCAGACCAUAAGGCCACAAUAGAACAGUACGAACAGACGCCAUGGCAGGGAGAGGAUGAGAACGAAGAAGCCGAGGAUAUGAUCCGUCGCGCAAGGAACAAAGAGAGGACAAGUCAAGAUGACGAGGAUGACGCAGCACGCGGCGCUUUCCUUGACGAUUCUGAGGGUGAAGAGGAGUUCCUAUUUCCGGACAAUCCGCGGAAAAAGAAAGCGAAGAACGCCAUUGCUGAGCUCCGGGCAAAGCGCAAAAGAAAGCGAGGCGAGGAUGACGGCGAUGAGGAUGACAUUGACGAAGGACUAGCAGCUGAACGACGAGCAGCGCGAAAAGCAGCUGCAUUGGACAGGCGACGCAAAAUCAAGAGUGAAGCUUACAUCAGGGAUAGUGACGAGGAAUCGGAUGAGGAGAAGGAUCGCCAAUUCUUCGAACGGGAGGAGCAGAUGCGGACGAAGUAUGCGGAGAAGAUUCGAAACGAACUUCGAAACCAGAUCAGUCUGGGUGUGAGUGAGAAGCAAUCCAAACCAGCAAGCAAGAGAGCACAGAAUAAGCGUGUUGCUCCGACCGAUGAAGAGCGAGACGGUGAUGAUGAUCUGCUUAUGACCGACAUCGAUGACCACCACACCGAGACAGCUUCGUCGCAGCAACGGAGGGCAUGGGAUAGCGAGGAGGAGGGAGAGGAUGAUGGCGAUACUCCAAUGUCUUCUCAGAGCGCGAGCGCGAAUGUUGAUCUGACAAUUGAGAAGACGGUCCUCAGGGAGCUUGACCAGCCACGCUCAGCUGUCGAGCCAAGCACAAAAGCUGCUCAAGAGGAGAUAGAGCUCAGAGAUGAGGAUGAAGACGUGAUGCCGACGGCGAGACGGCGGCCUGUGAUCAGAGGGGGUUUUGUUGUGGACAGUGAUGAUGAUGAUGACUGAAUACGAAGGCCCAUUGUGGGGGAUUGUCUAUCGCGUGUGGACAGAUCGAUGGAAAUAGUUGUUUACCUGGUAUUCUGGAUUAGACAUGCCGUUUCUGG